AUGAGCUACUACUAUGGCAACUACUAUGGUGGCCUGGGCUAUGGCCUUGGUGGCUUCAGUGGCCUGGGCUAUGGCUAUGGUUCCCGCUAUGGCAUUGGGGGCUAUGGUGGUUAUGGCUAUGGCUACUUCCGUCCCUCUUUCUAUGGAAGAUACUACUCAUCUGGAUUUUACUGA